CGACCCGGACCGGCCGCCGCAGUUGCAGUACACCGUUCUCCGCUUUCAGACCACGUUUGUGACUGUAAUCGUAAUAAUAAUAUUUAUUUUAUUAUUAUCGUCUAAAAGCGAAGAAUCGAUCGACUGUAUUUUCACUCAUAACAAUCUUAAAAAAAAUAUCAAAUCGUCGUCGUUUAGCGCACAGUGCUCUCGUGUGUGUUUUUAUCGUCGCGUUCUACAGUUUUUCACCGUCUACACGAGUUCGGUUCGUUUCGUUUCGUUUCGCUUGAAUUCGACGACAGCGACCAUGAAAUCCAUACCUAUGUGCCGCAAUAACAACAACAGCAGCAGCAAUAACAGCAACAACAACGGAGGCUCGACCGUACCCACGGUGGCCGGCGGCCGUGUGCAACGCAAACGCGGUGACCUGGAAGACGAGAAGAUCCAAAAGUAUUUGUCCAAGCUCAAGGAUCUGGUACCGCUCAUACCCAAGGACAAGCGGAUAUCCCGGCUGGAGGUGAUCCACCACGUGAUCGAUUACAUAUGUGACCUGGAGGAUAUGCUGGAGAACCACAGGUCGGUGAACGCGGACGCCGUGCACUCGGCCGCCGCGGCCGUCAUGCUUUCGUCCUCGGUGGCCGCUGUCCGGCAGCCACUGGGCAUCAUAUCGACGCCAAACGCGCUGGCCGCCGCCGCCGCAGCCGUCGCCGUGGCCGCACAGCCGCAAUCGUCCUCCGAAUCGACAAUGUCCCCUUCUUCUCGGACACAAGACAAGCUGUCGAGUUCGUCAGACACGAGGGCCGUUAGCUGUUAAACAAAACAAUAAAUUGAUAAUAAUAUUAUAGAGAUAUAUAUUGUAUAUUAUUAUAUUUUUUUCGAAAACAACACACAAUAUAAUAUUAUACUAAACAGAAAAUGAAUAAACAAAACGUCGCCCAUCCACGCCGCAGCAGCCAGUGACGAGUACCGUACCGAGGAAUACCGUUUGUCGAACAUAAGCUUAUAAUAUAUAUUAUACGAAUGCAUAAUAAAUAGAUAUUAUAAAAGUAUAAAUAUAAUAUGUAGAAUGAGAGAAAGAGAGAGAGAGAGAAUUCGUUAUGUAGACACACACAUUCCAAAUAGAUUCGACAUCUCUCGGGACUCUUAGGUUCCGUUUCGUGGAAAAGUGCGGUUUUUCUCACCUCCCCCCCUCCCCCCAUCACUGUACAGUUUAGGUUUAAGUCCUAAUUGUUAUUAUUAUUUAUUAUUAUUAUUAUUAUUAUAUCAUUAUUUUUUUUUUUCGUUAUGACUGUGAUCCUAUCAAUAUGUAGUCUAGAUUUUAGUAUUUAUCAUUAUUGUAAUAUUAUGUAGGGGUUUAGCUCUAGCAGGUAUAUAAUCUUACUAUGGUAAAAAAAUGUUUAUUUAAAUGUAGCUCUAUUUAUAUGACCGGGCGGAUUUUGACACGAAUCCUAUAUAGAAAUAUUAUGAAACAGUCCAUUUUAUUGUAUCCAAAAAAUAACACAAUAUAAUAUCAUAUUUGUAUAAAUAUACUAUAAGGACUACGCAUAUUAUAAAUUAUAUUCAAUAAAAAAUAUUAUUAUUAUAUAAUAUAUAUUUAUAUAAACCCACGGCGUACCUUUGCGCUUUUAUCAUCUUUGUACAUUAUUAUUUUUUCUCUUUUGUUUUCUUUUAUUAAAUGAUUUAUAUUGUUUGGGUAUACAUUGAUUACUUGAGUUAUUACUUAGCUUUUAAUUCAAUCAUAUUAUAAUACGAUUUAUUACAAACAUAAA